UAGGCCAGUGGAAGACCAAUAACAGCUGUUCUUCUUUUCCCCGACCACAACGUCACUCGACAGUUGAUUCAAAUCCUAUAAAUUCCAACUGCUCUUCUUCAUUUUCAAUAUCAAACGUUUCUUGCCUUAUUCGAACAAUAUCUGCUCUGCUCAACACUGACUCUUCCACGACGUCGGAGAAAUGGCUGGAGGGUUUGUCAGUCAAACGCCGGGAGUUCGAAACUAUAAUUACAAACUGACACCUAAAGUGUUCAUAACAUGUUUCAUCGGUGCUUUUGGUGGUCUCAUCUUCGGAUACGAUCUCGGGAUCUCAGGAGGGGUAACCUCAAUGGAGCCGUUCUUGGAAGAGUUUUUCCCUCACGUGUACAAGAAGAUGAAGAGCGCACAUGAGAAUGAGUACUGUCGUUUCGAUAGUGAGCUUCUCACUCUCUUCACUUCGUCUCUCUAUUUAGCGGCUCUGGUCUCUUCCUUAUUCGCCUCCACGAUAACCCGAAUUUUUGGAAGGAAAUGGUCUAUGUUUCUUGGUGGUUUCACCUUCUUUGUCGGCUCUGCUUUCAACGGCUUUGCCCAAAACAUAGCCAUGCUUCUCAUCGGUCGUAUUCUACUCGGUUUCGGUGUCGGAUUUGCCAAUCAAUCUGUUCCGGUUUAUCUGUCGGAAAUGGCACCUCCGAAUCUUAGAGGAGCGUUCAACAACGGGUUUCAAGUAGCAAUCAUAUUUGGUAUUGUUGUUGCAACGAUCAUCAAUUACUUCACUGCACAGAUGAAAGGGAACAUUGGGUGGAGAAUCUCCCUAGGGUUAGCUUGUGUCCCUGCAAUGAUGAUCAUGAUCGGAGCUCUGAUCCUUCCCGACACUCCAAACUCCCUCAUCGAACGUGGCUUCGCUGAAGAGGCCAAGGAAAUGCUUCGAUCUCUCCGAGGAACCGAUGAAGUGGAAGAAGAGUUUCAAGAUCUCAUUGAUGCAAGCGAGGAGUCUAAGCAAGUGAAACAUCCAUGGAAGAACAUCUUGCUUCCACGUUACAGACCACAGUUGAUCAUGACUUGCUCCAUUCCUUUCUUCCAACAACUUACCGGAAUCAAUGUCAUUACAUUUUACGCUCCCGUUCUGUUCCAAACCCUAGGGUUCGGUAGUAAAGCCUCGCUCUUAUCAGCUAUGGUAACGGGUAUCAUCGAGCUCUUGUGUACCUUCGUCGCUGUUUUCACAGUUGAUAGGUUUGGAAGAAGAGUCUUGUUCCUCCAGGGAGGUAUCCAGAUGCUUAUCUCUCAGAUCGCUAUUGGAGCCAUGAUUGGAGUUAAAUUUGGAACAGUUGGAACAGGGAACAUAGGGAAAACAGAUGCUAAUGUUAUCGUGGCACUGAUCUGCAUCUAUGUAGCGGGUUUCGCCUGGUCAUGGGGACCGCUGGGAUGGCUGGUCCCUAGUGAGAUAUCUCCACUAGAGAUCCGAUCAGCAGCACAAGCCAUAAACGUUGCGGUCAACAUGUUCUUCACAUUCCUUGUAGCUCAGCUCUUCCUUACAAUGCUUUGUCACAUGAAAUUUGGACUAUUCUUCUUCUUUGCGGUGUUUGUCUUAAUUAUGACAAUAUUCAUCUACUUGAUGUUGCCUGAGACGAAGAAUGUACCAAUCGAAGAGAUGAAUAGAGUGUGGAAGGCACACUGGUUCUGGGGAAGGUUUAUUCCUGAUGAAGCUGUUGGUGUUAGUGCUGCUGAGUUGCAACAAAAGGCGGUGUGAUGAUGAUGAUGAUGGAACAAAGUUUUCUUUGGGCAAAAGACUUGUGAGAAAACAUGAAAAGAGAAAGGUGAUGAUGAUUCAAAGGAUGAAAUAAGAAUGAAAUGUCGAAUAAUGUGUUUAUUCUUGAAAGAAAGCUGCUCUGCUUUUGUAAAGCAGAGACUUAGCUUUCACUUAGUUUGUUCUUUCUUCUUUAUUCUUUCUUCUUAUUAAAUUUCUCUUUGUUGCAAUUGAAGU